UGAACUAAAUGCCACGCGAAGCGAUGAAACCACAGAGGGAUGGAUGGAGCGAGCGACUGGGUGCGGUGGUUGCAGCGGCUCACCCAGACGGGCCGGAGGUGAGGGAAAAAGGAACGCGCAGCCGAACCACCACCGGCCACCGGGACAAAGCAAAGCCUCCCCUGCUCACCAGUUUUCCUCCUGCUGCACGCCGCCUUUUCUUCUCCCAGCCGGCCGUCAACACGCCAACUCCCCUGCUCUCCUCUCCUCUCCUUUCUUCUCCUUCCUCCUCACGCUCGCCACCCACGCUUCCCUCCGUCCCCUGCUUCCAAUCCUCUCCUCUUCCUCCGGCCGCCGCCGCCGCCUCUCCUCCUCCGAUCCAACCGAUCAACCAGCCGACCAAUUAAUCCCAUGAUGAAGCCUGGCGCCGGCGAGGAGGACGUGCAGGUGCUGGUGGAGCGCCCCUACUCCCACGAGAACCGCCGCCCCCCCGAUCACCAUCCCGUUCCCAGGCAGGGGCAACAACUUAUCAGGGCGCGGCCCUACUACCGGCGGUGGUCGCCGUGGCUCGUGUCGGCCGCCACCGUCGCCUGCGUCGCCCUCUUCCUCGUCACCAUGUACGUCAACGACUGCCCCAAGCACAACUCCAACUGCGCCGCCGGCUUCCUCGGACGGUUCGCCUUCCAGCCGCUCAAGGAGAACCCGCUCCUCGGGCCCUCAUCCGCAACGUUGGUGAAGAUGGGCGCUCUCCAUGUGUACAAGGUCGUCCAUGGCCGGCAAGGAUGGCGUCUGAUCACGUGCAUGUGGCUUCACGCCGGAGUUGUUCAUCUGCUCAUCAACAUGCUCUGCCUCGUGUUCAUCGGCAUACGGCUGGAGCAAGAAUUCGGGUUCGCGCGGAUCGGCCUGGUGUACCUGAUCUCCGGGUUCGGCGGGAGCCUGAUGUCCGCCCUGUUCAUCCGGUCGAGCGUCGUCUCCGUGGGCGCGUCGGGUGCUCUGUUCGGCCUGAUCGGGUCGAUGCUGUCGGAGCUGAUCACCAACUGGUCGCUCUACGCCAACAAGGCGGCCGCCCUGGCGUCGCUGGUGCUGGUGAUCGCCGUCAACCUCGCCCUCGGCAUCCUCCCCCACGUCGACAACUUCGCCCACAUCGGCGGCCUCGUCUCCGGCUUCCUCCUCGGCUUCGUCUUCCUCGUCCGCCCCCAGUUCGCAUGGCUCGACCACCAGAGAAUGGUGGCGGCGGCGGCGGCUGCUGCUGCUGCUUCUGGUGGUGCUCCUCCUCCUCCUCCUCCAGCUGGUGCUGCUGGUGGUGCGGUGAAGCGCAAGCACAAGACGUACCAGUACGUGCUGUGGGCGGCCGCCGCCGUGCUGCUCGUCGUCGGGUUCGCGGUGGCGACCGUGCUGCUGUUCCGGGGUUACAACGCCAACGAGCACUGCUCCUGGUGCCGCUACCUCAGCUGCGUCCCCACCAAGCGCUGGAAGUGCGACUCGUCGCCGACCUAGUGUAGCACCACCACCGUGCAGGGGGGGAACACGCUGAGCCUCGUCUGCGAGGGGGGCAACGGCAGGAACCGGGCCUUCCUCAUCCCCGGCGCCGGCGGCGCGUCACCGGACCGCAGGGACGACCUCUGCCGACAGCGUUGCACCUAGCAUUGUUUGCCAUUCUUUGCUGAUGCCCUGUGUACCAUACGUUUGUCAUUCUUUUGUGUACAUGAUGAAGGAAUAGAUGCAGGGUUCAUCCAGUACACCAUUUGAGCAUUGCCAUCUCCAUUCCAUUCAUUGGUGGUGCCUUGCACAACUCUGGUUAUUUCUUCACAUCCGUGACACGCUAUCGAAUAAUUUCCA